CACCACUGUCCUCUUCCACUCUAAUCCACACACUUCUGCCUUUCCGCCCCUAUUAUUUUUAUUAUUUCUAAAAUAAGCAGGGUUAGAAGAAGUUUCCAGUGUCAAAAUCAGUCAUAGAAUCUUUAUUUCCGCACGCGAUUUUCAGAUUAUAUAUUUCAAUCCCAAUCCCGUCCCGCCCCUGUAUACUUUCUGCAAUCCGUUCAGUUCACAGCACUUAGAUGCUGUGAUGAUAAUUGAAACGGUUCAUGCUAUCUGAUUCCAGUGAAGAACAUCAAGUCUGAAAUUCAAUUUGAGGUUUUUUAUUUGGAAAAAGCGAGCAUGAUGGCAUCAUCCUCUGGCCAUGACCUUUCAGAUAAUAGUGAGACUGAAAAGCAACAAAGUCCAUCGGAGCUUGACAUUCAGUCUUCAUCACAUAUGAUGCCUCAUCCUGGAAUCAUUCCUCCGACAAUGCAUUAUGCAAUGCCUCCACAUGACGGAAAUGGAAAUGCUAUGGCACAGACGGGGUAUCCCUUUCCAGACCCGUAUUACAGAAGCAUCUUUGCACCUUAUGAUACACAGCCUUAUGCUGCACAACCUUAUCCAGCUCAGCCAAUGGUUCAUCUUCAAUUGAUGGGUGCGACACCACAAGCAGCUGCUGGGGUUCCUUUGCCUUCUGAUGCAGCGCUUGAAGAACCUGUCUUUGUUAAUGCAAAACAAUACCAUGGCAUCUUAAGGCGUCGACAGUCUCGUGCCAAAGCUGAUUCUGUAAAUAAACUUCUCAAGCCUAGGAAGCCCUACUUGCAUGAAUCCCGACAUCAGCAUGCACUAAGAAGAGCUAGGGGAUGCGGGGGCCGGUUUACUUCAAAGAAAAAUAACAACCAGCAGGAAAAUGGGGAUGAAUUAGGAGAUGCUGGUGGUAAAUCACUGCCGCCCAAUGUCAACCUCAAUUCUGAAAGUCGUGAUAUUGCAUCAGGACAUGCAUCUUGAUUCUAUACUUAUAUCAGAUAUUUCAACCUGCUAAAUAUGAUUAGACUUUUGUUUCUAAGAUAGAAGAGAACUUUAUAUCAGUAUGUAAAAAAUCAGAAAUAGGCUUUUAGGACACCAAGAGUGGAAGAUGAGUGGUUUUUAAACUGCAUGGGCAUGUACUAUUAAAAUGCAAUAGAGUUUUCUUGAAUAGUGAUGUUUUGC